AUGACCUAUUCGAUAUGGGGCGAGAAUCUCUUUGACCAAGUGCAACACGAAGCGGCGUACGUGUGUUCCCCAACCCGUUGGCGCGAAUGUGACCAACUCUUGGCCGCGAACUGGGCCCAAGUCAUCUUUCGUCGUCAGUCCUUACUACACGGUGUGUGUGGGUCGGCGGGCGGCGGGGGGUGGGGGAUGGGCUGGGAUGCUGCUAAUGAUGCUGAUUUGGGGUGGCGAGUUGCGUAGAUAUCUCCGAUGAUCGACCGUACCGUUCUCGAGGCGCUUAUUCACAGGGUACACCCCUCGUCCGAGCCGACGACGACCUUGACAGGAACAAGUGGGGUUGGCACAGGACAAGUGACCCCUCGCGCCUGGAAACCAACGUCGAUCUGGAAAGAACCCAUUUCCUAGGCCACGAUUCCUUCCUCGCUUUCCACGAUCCAAGCACCGGGAAAGUCUGUUCGAUCGGAUGCUUGGUCGGGCCGAGACGGGCGGAUGGCGUCGACAGAUGCGUUACGGAGCAAUCGUUCGAGAGCGUCGAGAUGAAUAUUCAUGGCGGCUUGGUCGCCGUUUGCCAGGAGCAAGGUAGGCACCAAUGCACAUCCUAUCCCGGAGACCUUGACGUCCCAUCCAACGACUUGAUUCUAACCCAUGCUUCCCCUUUCCUCAGACUCCGACCACUACGAAUACCGGUUCUACCCUUCCCUCCCUUCCCUGCUCCACCCCAACCCCACGUCACCCUCCCCCAACUCGCCGGGCUACCACCUCCUCUCCCUCCCCUCCCCCUCCUUCCUCACCCAAACACCCACCCUCAUCUCCUCCCCUACAAUAGACCACUUCACACUUCUCUUAUCACCGUCCCAAACGGUCCUCACCUUCUCUCCCUCGAGGGAUAAUCGAUUCGGUCAGCUCGGCAUCCCUCCUUCUUCAUCUCUGAACGAGUUCGCUUGGACCCAUGUGGAGAGUCUGGAUGGUCUUUAUAUCACCCGUUUGGAAGGUGGUUACGCGACCACCCAGGAUGGGGUCCUUUACAACGUCGCGACGGGGGACAUGGUCGAGUUCUUUGGCAAAGAGGGAGACGGUCAGGUCGAGGGGCCUAGGAUAAACUGUCUCGCGGCGGGGAGUGGGUGGGCCGUGGCGAGUGAUCAGAAAGGCAACCUGUGGGUUUGUACAGACGGUACGUCCUUUUUCAUGCGCAUGCGCUGCGAUCUAUCAUUUGCUUACUGAUCGAUCACUCCCUUGGCUUCGGUGUGCGUGUGGCAGGCAAAGCACCAUGUUUCGGCUCCAAAGACACCAAGGGCCAUUUCGAAAAAGUCGUUUCACCCCCCUUGAGAGGCCGAACUAUCGAUAACCUCCUCGCCACUCGUUCGACCUGUUAUCUACUCCACUCUUGA